AUGUUUAUGCGUGGCUCGUGCUGCUCCGAUAUUCCGGAUGGUCUCAUGAUCCGAGACUUCCGACGAGGGCCGUGCUUGUUGCCGAUUCCUUAUGUGCAGCGACACAUACCGACUUGGACAUUGCGCGAUGCCUGGAUUCUUUUCGGCCUUGCCGAAGUCACCUUCCUCUACUCCCUGGACCUCCACAAGUGCUGUCUAUGCUUACCUGGCGUCGCCCUUGAGAUCUACCUUCGGUGCUCGCACUCCGCCAAGAGUUUCAGGCCCUGCAGACAAAGGCCAUCACGAGCUUACGGAAUCCUGCGCUUUGGACACAUGUGUGCAGGCCUUUGA